UCCCCUAAGCUUUUUUGGCUCUCUUUCUCUCUCUAUCCACUUUUUUCCUCUUCUUCUUGCGAAUUUAAAUGCUAAAGCCACACCACCUGUUAUAAACUUUCAAAUUUCAAUCUUUAUAUUCCUCACUUCUCUCAUGGCAGCUUUAUUCUUAUUCACUUUCAAAUAGUGUUUCUCCAUAACAAUUCAAGCUGUUUAUGCAGUACUACUAUCUUUAUUUUUAUCCGUUUCCUUGAAGCAGAGUUUCUGUUUUUUUCUUGAAAUAUCUAACUUAUGUCCUCCUCAAUUGGUUAGGCACGAGCAACUAGCUGCUACAAGAUUGGACGUCUAUCUACCUCACUGAAAAAUUGCUUGAAUAUUUUUAACUUAUCAAAUAGAAAAUGGGAAACAGUAUUGGGAAGUUGAAGUUCUGUUUUGCAGGAGAUGUUGGAGAAAUAUCGAAAAGACGCCACGAUAUUGGUGUAGACCUAUAUGAUAGUCUUGACAAAGGAUUAGGCCAUUCUUUUUGCUACAUAUUGCAUGAUUCAUCAUCCAAGAAUCAUCCUUUUCUAGACGACUCUUCUUCUUCCACCACUACCACUAUCUCCAGUACCAGCUCCAGCACCAGCCACACAACGGCGUUUCGCACCAUCUCUGGCGCCUCUAUCUCAGCCAACACGUCCACUACGCCUCUCUCCACCGCCCUCGUGGACGUCUGUAAUUCCAAUACUUGCAUUGAGAAGUCUUCGGCUUUUGAGAGUUCUCAGUGGUUUUCUUCCUUCCCUCUUCAGCCAAUUCCCAGGAGGUCAAUCCCCUCAGUCUGUUCGGGCCCUAUUCCCCGAGUUUCUGUCUCGGGCUCAGGCCCGAUCGAGAGGGGAUUCCUCUCAGGCCCAAUAGAGCGGAGCUUCACCUCAGGCCCGUUGGACAAUCAGUAUGAUCAUCAGCUCCAGAGGUACAAACCUGAGUCUAGUAAAUGGGAUUUGGUUAGGAAUUUAAAGAAAGUUUUGUCAAGCUCUUUUUUGGGGUUUCAAGAAAUGAAUUUAGGAGAGAAGAAUAAUGAAAUUAAUGGCAAUCUUUUGAGUAGUGAAAACAGUUUGGAUGGAGAUGAUGUGGAUAAUGACUUAAUUAGAAGUCAAAAUCUGCAGUGGGCUCAGGGGAAAGCUGGGGAAGACAGAGUGCAUGUAGUGAUUUCUGAGGAACAUGGAUGGGUAUUUGUUGGGAUUUAUGAUGGAUUUAAUGGACCUGAUGCUACUGAUUUUUUAUUGAAAAAUCUUUACUCAAAUGUCUUCAAAGAACUCAAAGGAUUGCUAUGGAAUGACAAGUUAGAAACCACCGAAAAUCUCAUGUGUAACGAGGAAUUUGAUCAAUCGAAUUUGAAGGAGAAAUUGGACAAUUCAGGAGGUCACCAUUUAGAUGUGUUGAAGGCGUUAUCAGAGGCACUGAGGAAAGCCGAGGCAUCAUAUUUGGAGAUAACAGACACGACGGUGAGCGAGAGCCCCGAGUUAGCUUUAAUGGGAUCUUGUGUUUUAGUGAUGUUGAUGAAAGGCAAGGAUGUAUACUUGAUGAAUGUUGGAGAUAGUAGAGCAGUUUUGGCUCAAAAUCCUGAACCCGAUUGUGCAAUUGGUAAUUUGGAACGGAUAAUAGAGGAGAGUCGAAAUAGCAUUGAUGCACUUUAUGGAGUUGAUUCAGACAGAAAACACAAUCUUAGUUCUUGUCAACUCACUAUGGACCAUAGUACAUCUGUUAAAGAGGAAGUUCUUAGGAUUAAAAGUGAGCAUCCAAGUGAUACUUCUGCUAUUAAAAAUGAUAGAGUGAAAGGUUCAUUAAACGUUACUCGAGCUUUUGGUGCAGGCUUUCUUAAACAGCCCAAAUGGAAUAAUGCACUUCUAGGGGUCUUCAGAAUAGACUACGUUGGAAGUUCGCCGUAUAUCAACUGUAUACCAUCAGUAUACCACCACAGACUUAGCCCAAGAGACAGAUUUCUGAUCUUAUCAUCCGAUGGACUCUACCAAUACUUUACCAAUGAAGAAGCAGUCUCUGAAGUUGAGACCUUCAUGUCUAUAUUCCCCGAGGGCGAUCCCGCCCAACAUCUUGUUGAAGAAGUGUUAUUUAGAGCUGCAAAGAAAGCUGGCAUGGACUUCCACGAGUUGCUUGAUAUACCACAAGGGGAUCGUAGGAAGUACCACGAUGAUGUCUCGAUUAUCAUUAUAUCGUUCGAAGGAAGGAUAUGGAGAUCAUCUGUGUAAAUCAACUGUAUAAAUGACGACUUUUUUGUGGGAUAUUGUAAGUGGGGCACAGAGUGGCCUUCCAGCCACGAUCCAUUGAGAUUCAGCCUUUUGUUGCUCCGAUUUGUCUCUAAAAAAAAAGACUUUUGUCGCCCUUAUCUACAUAAAAAGAAUACACUCAGAAAAUUCAAGACUAGCUUGCUCAUUAACUUUUGUUACCCAACUGAUGUUUGUUGCUAGGGGAUUGUAAAAGGCGCCAAAGAAGUUGUCCCUUUUUCCCAUCAAAUGUAAUAUCUUAGGAUAUCUGUAAACAGAAUAUUGUGCCUCAUUGUACAUAUAUUCCUAGGUGUAUCCAUCACACAAGCUGAUGCCUCAAAAUAGACUCGACCGAUUGGUCGAAAAUUGUUUAUUUUUC